AUGGCUAUUCAGCAGCUCUUUGUCGAAGCUUCGCAAGUAUCAGUUCGCUACUGGGUUGCUGCCCUCUUCGCACCUUUGCUUGCAUAUACUCUCGGAACGAUUAUAUACCGACUCGGUCCUUUGCAUCCAUUUGCCAAAAUCCCCGGCCCCUUGCUCAAUCGAAUUACCUAUGCGCCUCUCGUCUGGCAUUCCUACAAGGGAGAUGAGGCUCAAUAUGUCCACAAGCUCCACCAACGUUACGGAAACACAGUUCGAAUCGCCCCGUCAUCUGUCGACUUUACGGAAGUAGCCGCACUGAAGGGCAUCUACCUCGAAAAAGGGGGCUUCUAUAAGUCCCAUUACUACAACAACUUCGACAUCGACGGUCACGCCUCAAUCUUUAGCAAUACAGACUUAGCGAGCCGUGCGGCACGCGCCAAGGUUGUCUUGCCGCUAUUCAGCAUCACCAACGUCAAGUUAGGCUACAAGCCAUUCAAAGACAGCCUCCGCCGAUAUCUAAAAAGGUUCAAAGAAGAAAAGGAAACUGGCCGUGUCAACGUGUUGGAUCUUGCACGGGGCAUGUCCAUCGACGCAGUCACGGAGUACCUCUUCGGGAUUAGGUAUGGUGCUUUCAAGGACGAAGAAGAAUCUGGAACAUCGCCGUCUGUUAAUGCAACCUGCGAGCCUAAGAUGAGUGCCAGUGACGUUGUGGACAACUUCAUCUCAACUUCCCGUCUGUGGUACCUCUCUGUGUGGCUAUAUAACCUUGCCGAUAAGCUUGAUGGGAUAAUAUACCCUAACCCUGGCGCCGAGGUGAGCACAGAGAUCGUCAAUGAGUACGCGGAUCGUGUCAUUGCAGCUGCGCAGGAGCAAAUCACGCAACAAAAGGACAAGUCGCAACUCACAUUUCCUGCUCGGCUCCUUCGUGCUGGAAUUUCACCAGAGGAGACUCGCUCUCAUUGCAAGGAUAUUAUCUUUGCUGGGACGGAUACCAUCGGCAUGAACUUGGCAACCGUGUGCUUCAUGCUCGCCAAAUACCCUCGUGUCUACGAUAGGCUGCAUGAAGAAGUGAAUAGUGCGGAGAUCGAGAAGGAGGAAGACAUUCAAGUGCUCCCGUACUUGAACGCUGUCGUAAAGGAGGGACUGCGGAUGAGCAUGACAAAUCCUUGUCGUCUGCCCCGGGAGGUCCCAGAGAGAGGAUGGACGUACAAGGAGACGUACUAUCCUCCUGGUACUAUCGUGUCUUGCUCAGCUUAUGAGAUGCACUUCUCUACCGAGAUGUUUGAGAAGCCAUUCGAGUUCAUUCCUGAGAGAUGGGACUCUGCGACAGAUGACAUGAACAAGAGCAUGAUGGCCUUUGGUCUAGGCAAUCGUCAAUGCAUUGCCAGGGGCAUGUCGAUGCUUGAUAUGCAUGAUGUUGUCUAUCACUUGGUCAAAGAGGAUGUUCUACGAGGCGCCAAACCCGUAAAAGAGCGCAUAGAGAUUCUUGAAGGCUUCUCAUCCAAGGUUGUUGAAGGUCAUGUUGAUUUGGUGUGGGAUAGUUGA